AUGCGCGCGGUGUUGAUUCUUUUUAUGAAGGAUGUUCUCGACUACGAUGACGAUACUGCGACUAUCUGGUACCACGCUUUCGUUACUCUAACCUACAUUUGGCCACUUGUGCUUGCUAUUCUUGCAGACAGCUUUCUUGGAAAGUACAGGACAAUUUUCAUCGCGAUUUGUGUCUAUGUAACUGGUGCAAUUCUUGCCUCCAUUGGGACUAUGCCCAGCGUUUUUGGGGAUGGAUAUGUAGACAACGAAGAAGGAGAGAACUGGUGGAGACUCAGUCAACCAGCUGUUCGGGGAGUUGCGUUAUCAGGUCUUAUGCUCGUCGCCUUCGGAAAUGGUAUGAAAUCAUGCGUCGCUCCAAUGGGUGGGGACCAGUUCGAGCCAGAAGACGCGACGAAUAUUUCCAGAUUCUUUGCUGCCUUCUAUUUUUCGACAAACGUUGGCGCUUUCGUCACCCAGUUUAUAACCCCGCUAUUGCGCGAUGUUCAAUGCGGAAUGGACGAAUAUGGCGUCGAGUCUUGCUACUUGUUGAGCUUUUGGACCUCGACUGGAAUCAUUUUCGCCGCGCUGCUACUUUUCCUUGGCGGGACGCCUUGGUAUUAUGAAAAGCCUUCUGAGGGCUCUCCACUUUUGAAGCACGGAUGUGGCGCGAUCAAAGUCAUUGGGAGCAUUUUGAUCAUGUACAUACCGGUUCCAUUCUUCUGGGCUCUCUUUGAUCUCCAAGGAAGUCGCUGGACACUUUCAGCAUUGCAGCUCAAUGGAAAGCUUUCUGAUACGUUCUACAUUCUUCCAGACCAAAUUCAAUCCUUGAACCCACUUUUUGUCCUCAUCCUCAUUCCCCUCUGUAAUUCAGUUGUAUUUCCUCUUCUCGCUCGUUGUAACAUUUUGACAACACCACUGCAGAAGAUGUCAACUGGCAUGUUCCUUGCCGUCGGCGCUUUUAUCAUUUCUGGGUUCUUGCAGAUUGGAAUCGAAGAUGGCCUCACCCCUGUUCCUGAUUAUUAUGGCCAAACAGUAGUUGUCGUAGCAAAUGGUGAUAGCAGUUGCUCUCAGCUAACUGUAUCUUCUGAAAUUUGGGAUGAUGAUAUGGUUCUUCGGAAUGGCGAAAGAACUGAUACCUACGGAACUGUUCUUGACCUUAGCGAUGUUAGAGGGAAAGACAUCAAACUCAGUUGCAAUGGAAACCAACUUGAAGUUAUCUCCCUCGAUGAAGAUAACGUCAAGGAAAAUUCAGUCAAUACCUUUUUCUGGCAAGAAAAUGGGUACGAUGUCUUCGAAGCCCGCUACGCAAAAUCCUCAAAUAAUUAUGUCAUCUUCCAAAUGCUCAACCCAACAAGUCUCUACGCGAGUCUUAGCCAGCCAAAUAACGAAAACUCUUUCCCAUCUAACUUCAGGAAUAUCGAGCGACUCGAACCCGGUGGAAUCAACAACGCCAACGUCAGCACAACUACUUAUGAUUCGAAGAGUACUGGCUUCGAUUUGAAAGUGGAUCUUUUUGAAUCAAGCUCGUCGACUAAUAUCAGAAAGACAUGCACGCUGAAAUUUGUAGAUGCCGUGAAAGAUGGCCUCCUUGUUGAUGGUCUUACGGAAGAAUGGGGCGUCUCUGCUAUUUACACGCUCAUCAUUACCGAAACAUCUUCCGGUUGCAAGAUCAAUGUGCACAAGGACUCCAACUCCGCGCAACUUUCCAUCAUGUGGUUCAUCCCGCAAUAUUUCGUCAUGACACUUGCAGAAGUGUUAAUCAACGUCACAGGUGUCGAGUGGGCAUAUACUGAGGCUCCUCCGAGCAUGAAAUCUGUCGUCAAUGCCUUCUGGGUGCUUACUGUUUGUGUUGGUAAUUUGAUUGACUUGAUCAUUGUUUCCAUCAAAUUCACGGAGAAGCAGAGCUCGGAAUACUUCCUUUUCGGAAUGAGUUUGACAUUCAGUUCAAAUCAAUAA